AUGUUUGACGUGACGAUUUCUGAUAUUCCGCCCGAGUUCAUCUUCCAGAUAGGGCAACUGUUGGCACCCAGUGACCUCAACGCUCUAGUCCAGGCAAACAGGUGCUUCUACCAGGACCUCGACUCGAGCCUGUGGAGGCAAAAUGCGGACCUCGCAUUGCUAUGGGCCGCAGAGAACGGCGACUUGAAAUCUGCUCGCAAAGCCCUCAAAUUUGGCGCCAAUAUCAAUACCGAACAUCCGCCCCCCGAGGAGGAAUGGUAUCAACCGUGGGGGAUUCUGCAUAAUGAACACGACAAGAGCGGCGCCACCCCCUCUUCCUGGCCGCUGCGGCAGGACAUGUGGAAAUGGUUAAGCUUUUUGUGGGCAUCGACGCGAUUAAUAUCAACCGACGUGGUAGCCCUUGUCGCCGGAAACCAUUGA